AUGGUCAAUGCAAUUCCACAUAAACUUCUUAAAAGAUCUGGCUAUUAUUCAUGUCCACCCCUCGGUGGAACACUUACAAGAACUCAUCAAAAGUGUACUGCUACUGUUACCGCAUUGAAUAAUGACGUUACUGAACAAACCAAACUUGUGGUUGCAUUUGGGAAUUCAAUGGGAGGUGCCUUAGCAGACCCCAUUGUUUUUGAUGCUUGUACUGGAAGUGAAUGUCCAAUUAAGCUGGUGAUGCAAUUAAUCAAACGGUGGAAUUUCAAUUACCAGACAAAUUACCUAAAUCGUACAGUAUAG